GUGUGUGUGUCCGUGCAACAGAUUACCGGAUUAACUUUGGGAUUAAACUCCUCGGUGUGUGUGUGAGUGUGUGAGAGUGUGUGUGAGUGUGAGAGUGUGUGUGAGUGGUGCCGGGGCUCGGUGGGAUCAUGGGCUCCGUGUUCGAGUGCAGGGUCCAGUUUCUGGACGAUACCGACCCGUUCAACAGCACGAGCUUCCCGGAGCCCACGCGCCCCCCGCGUUACGCCUUCAACCCGGACACGCCGCUCGUGGACCAGCUGGCCAGCGUGCACGCGCUCCUGCGCCCCCCGCACAAGUUGGACGACUGCGCCCUGCAGCUCUCUUACAAUGCAACGUAUCUGGAUCUGGAAUCUUCUCUGGCGGAACAGAGGGAUGAACUUGAGGGGUUCCAGCAGGACGACUACGGAGGGACAGGGAAGAAGCACAGCAUCAUCCUGAGAACUGAGCUGAGUGUUCGAGUUCACGCCUGUAUCGAGAAGCUGUAUAACUCCAAUGGACGAGACCUCAGAAGAGCUUUAUUCUCCCUCAAACAGAUCUUCCAGGAUGAUAAAGAUCUGGUCCACGCGUUCGUGAUGGCUGAAGGACUGACCUGUCUGAUUAAAGUCGGAGCUGAGGCUGAUCAGAACUACCAGAACUACAUCCUCAGAGCUUUAGGACAGAUCAUGAUGUAUGUGGACGGUAUGAACGGGGUCAUUGCUCAUCCUGAGACCAUCCAGUGGCUCUACAUUCUGAUUGGCUCAAAGUUUCGUCUGGUGGUUAAGACGGCGCUGAAGUUGUUGCUGGUGUUUGUUGAAUAUGCCGAGUCUAACACUGCACUGCUCCUUCAGGCCAUUAACACCGUAGAUGCUAUGAAAGGGCAGAAGCAGUGGUCCAACGCCGUGGAGAUUUUGACUGCAAAGGAUGGCGUGGAUACAGAGCUGCUGGUGUACACCAUGUCCCUCAUUAACAAGAUGUUGGCGGCGCUGCCCGAUCAGGACUCGUUCUAUGACGUGGUGGAUGUUCUGGAGGAGCAGGGUAUCGAACUCAUGACCUCACGAUACCUUUCACACAGGAGCACCGAUGCUGAACUGCUGAAGCAGAUCAACAUCUACGAGGCGACCCUUCGUCAUGAGGAUGGUGAUGAUGAGGGUCAGGCUCCGCCCGCCGGUUGCCGCGAAAACCGAAGGCCAAGCGUAGGUGGGACCAAAGCUCAGGGUUUAGAGAGGCGUUGUAGUCGCAGGCACUCGCUGGGCAGGACAGGACACGCCUACCCAGUAAACCCCGCCUCCCCUCAUGUGGCGAACGCACAAAAGAGGAGCACCGAUGCUGAACUGCUGAAGCAGAUCAACAUCUACGAGGCGACCCUUCGUCAUGAGGAUGGUGAUGAUGAGGGUCAGGCUCCGCCCGCCGGUUGCCGCGAAAACCGAAGGCCAAGCGUAGGUGGGACCAAAGCUCAGGGUUUAGAGAGGCGUUGUAGUCGCAGGCACUCGCUGGGCAGGACAGGACACGCCUACCCAGUAAACCCCGCCUCCCCUCAUGUGGCGAACGCACAAAAGAGACAGGGCAAGUCGUUCUCAGCUCUCAGUGCUCCAUCUACACCCACCAAACAGCAGCAAGGCGACAGACCCCCUGCCCUCCUGCUGUCCUCCUCGUACCGGCAGCAUCAGGAAUCUCUGGCAGCGGAACGAGAGAGAAGAAGAGUUGAGAGAGAAGAACGACUGCAGAGAAUCGAAAGAGAGGAGAGGAACCGCCACAGUCGUGAUUAUGCAGCGAACAUGGAGGAGGCCCGGAUGGCUCGGGAGGAAAGGUUUAAAACCGCCGAGCGUUUAGGUUCGGAGGAAUACGAGCGUGAACGGGUGCGUCUGGCUCCCCACGAACUCUCAGAGGUCUGUCAGUCGUCCUACAGUGAUGAGCCCGAGCCCACUUACGUCCCGUCACAAGAGGACGAAUCGGAAGAAGAUUCCCCGUUUGUCCUGGUGAGUUCGGAACCAGAACAGAAAGACGAGGAGCAGGACGAGGAAGUAGAGGAAAGCAACGCUGAACAGGAAGAGGAGGAGACUGUAGAGGAACAGGAGGAGCUCGAGAAGGAAGUGCCGGAUGCGGAAGGGGAGGACGGUGGAAUUUUGAGCGACAAGGAACGUCAGAACGAAGAAGUGAACGAGAAGGAUAACUGCUCGGCCUCCAGCAUCUCGUCAUCCAGCAGCACCCUGGAGAGAGAGACAGGUGAGACAGGUGCCAACGGUGAGCAAUGCGUUGACCUUCUGAACAGUAAACGCUUCAUGCUGGACAUGCUUUACUCACAGAAACCAUGUGAGGAAGACGAGGAAGAGGAAGCAGAGCUUGAAAAGGAAGGUGAUGCACCAGAAGAUGAGAGCAUAGAGUCAUCAGAAGUACAUGACUCUAAGACGGAGGAAAAAGCUGAGAAGAAACUGGAGGGCGGGACGGUGCGUGCCUUCGCCGAACGCUUCGGGGACCUGGUCAAAGGUCUGAGCUCUCCUUGCGUGGAAAUGCUGGAAGAACAGAAGCCCAAUCUGCUGCCCCCAGCUCCACCACCCAAGAAAGAGUCCGACCACAUUUGGGAUCAACUCAUGGCGACUCCUCGUGAGCUCCGAAUCGGUGACAUCGACUUCACCGAUCUGGUUGACGAGGACGAUCAGAACGUCCUGGAUUCAGAAGGUUUGAUCGGCUCAGGAGAUCUGGGCCCGCCCCCGGCUCCUCCACCACCACCGUGCCCCUUUAAUAUGCUUCCUCCCCCGCCACCUCCAGCCCUAGGAGCCAGGCCAGCCCCGCCUCCUCCCCUCCAGCCAGACAAACCACUUUACCAGAAGAAGAAGACCAUCCGAUUGUUCUGGAGCGAGGUGCGGCCAGAGGAGUGGAGGUUUAUGGGGAUGAGACGAGGAAACUUGUCCCUGUGGUCUAAACUGGAACCGGUUAAACUGGACACUGACAAGCUGGAGCUCCUGUUUGAGAGCAAGUCCAAGGAGAUGAAUGUAACCAAGAAAACGGCAGCCGAUGGUAAAAAGCAGGAGAUCAUUGUGCUGGACUCCAAACGCAGUAACGCCAUUAACAUCGGCCUCACGGUUCUCCCCCCUCCACGUACCAUCAAAUCAGCUAUACUGAACUUUGACGAGUACGCUCUCAACAAGGAGGGAAUCGAGAAGCUGCUCAUGAUGGUCCCUACUGAAGAGGAGAAGCAGAGGAUCCAGGAAGCUCACAUGAUGAACCCCGAUGUUCCUCUGGGCAGCGCCGAGUCCUUCCUGCUCACACUGUCCUCCAUCAGCGAACUCUCCGCCCGUCUCCAACUCUGGGCCUUUAAAAUGGACUAUGAUACCAUUGAGAAGGAAGUGGCAGAGCCGCUACAGGACCUGAAGGAGGGCAUGGAGCAGCUGGAAAAGAAUAAAACAUUCCGCUACGUCGUGUCGAUUCUGCUCUCUAUCGGCAACUUUCUCAACGGUUCGAACGUAAAAGGCUUUGAUCUGAGUUACCUGGAGAAGGUCCCUGAGGUGAAGGAUACGGUGCAUAAACAGUCGCUGCUGCACCAUGUCUCCUCCGCUGUGGUGGAGAACUUCACAGACAGUACAGAUCUCUAUUCCGAGAUAGGCGCCAUCACGCGCUCUGCCAAGGUGGACUUUGACCUGCUGCAGGAGAACCUGGCGCAGAUGGAGCGCCGCUGCAAGGCAUCGUGGGAGAACCUGAAGCUGAUCGCCAAGCAUGAGAUUAAGCCGGCACUGAAGCAGAAGAUGACUGACUUCCUGAAGGACUGCACAGGAAGGACUAUUGUUUUGAAGACUGUACAUCGACGCAUUAUCAACCGGUUUCACGCUUUCUUGGUGUUCCUCGGUCAUCCGGCGUCUGGAGUUCGUGACCUCAGCGUUCAGCGUUUCUGCAGGAUUGUUAGUGAAUUUGCGCUGGAAUAUCGAACCACAAGGGAGCGGAUCCUGCAGCAGAAACAGAAACGAGCCGACCAUCGCGAGAGAAACAAGACACGAGGGAAGAUGAUCAUGGACGUCACCGCAACGACUGAUGAUGAUGAAGACACUGAGGCAAGCACUGUAGUCGGUAGCAGCAACGUUAGCGCCCCUAGUGGAGAAAAAAUUAAAGUUCAAGGGCUGAACCAUAAGGAAGAUGCUGCCGAGCAUGAACACAUGAAGGCAGUACUGAAAAAGAGCCAGAGAGGCAGCAGCACUGAGAUUAGUGGAGUACCAGGUCUACGGACGAGGACAAGAGCGAGGCCGAGCAGAAGCCAUACUGCAUGGGCAGCAGCGAAUGAGGAGAUCACAACCGACGAUGCAGCUGAUGAGAUCAUGGAGAGGAUAGUACGUUCAGCUACGCAGACUCCGCGAGAUCGUGCACAACUACGUGAACGGAGGCGGUCACGUGCUAACCGUAAAUCAUUGAGAAGGACUUUGAAGAAUGAUCUGACUCCAGAAGAAGCACAAGCUCUUGGUUUGGAUAUCUCCGAGAUGCAGAUGUGAGGAUCCACACAUCGUUGCCAUAUCAAGUGGACUGUUCGUGCAGCAACCUUUUUAAUGGUUGUCUGUUUCAAAUGUGGAAUUUUACAUAGUAAGGAUUAGGGUUAAUUUACCAAUUUAGUCAUGGAUAGUAGGGGCAGUGGUAGCUCAGUGGUUAAGGUACUGGAAUAGUAAUCAGAAAGUGGCCGGGUUCAAACCCCAGCACUGCCAAGUUGCCACGAUUGGGCCCUUUAGCAAGCUUUGGAUAAAAGCACCUGCUAAAUGCUGCAAAUGAACAGCAAGGGGAACCUUUGUGGACCAAAUCAGGGACAUCUGGAGUUUGGUAACAGUUGGCCUCUCUUGUCUUCUGUGGCUGUUGGCAGGCUACGCUAUCACGGCUCAGAAAUAAAGAAUCUUGGCCAUUUUGGAUCAACUGUGUAUCAAUGUGACCCUAACCCUAAUCCUAACCCUAGACUCCGUUUUGGUCAACACGACCGAACAGAUUUGCUGUUGGUUGCUGAUUAAACAUCAUGGGGCAAAGUCAACAGUUUCUGCACUGCACUACAGCGACUGUGUGGUGAGAACAUGAACAUCCAAAACCAGAGUUCCAAAAAUAAGAUGAGUCUAAGACAACAUCUAUGGCCAAAACUAUGUGAACACCCCUUCUAAUAAUUAAGUUAAGUUGUUUCUGCUAUGUCCAUUGCUAACAGGUGUCUAAAAUUUAUAUAAGAGAUUACGGGGAUUUAUCAUGAUUAUGCCCCUGAAAGCAAGCUCUAUAAAGACGUGGCUUCACUAGUUGUGCUCAAAGGAGCUCCAGUUGCUCUACAAGGAUCCCUGGUCUCAACCCAACUCAACACUGUUGGGAUAAUUCUUCAGACUGUGAGCCAGGCAUUCUCUUCCCUUCCAACAUCACAUCAGUGCCUGACCUCACUGACUCUACGGCUCCCCAGAAGAUUGGAUGAUGUUAAAGCUACGUACACAUAAUUUUGGAAUGGGAUGUCCAACAAGGUCAUGCUCAGGUGUCCCACUAUACUUGUCCCUGUGGUGUAAAUAUGCUGGGAAAUGAAUAGCUCCUUCAGCUGGCUUGUUUAGACUAUGAGAAAUACCCACAUGAAAUUCAGACCUACAAGGUUUUCAGAUCUUUCCUGAGUGGAGCCACCGGAGCACAAAUAAUUUUCAUAGCAUUUGUUUUGAAAUGAGACAUCCAGCGAGCUCAUGGUCUGGCGUCCAUAUAGUGUGUGUAAAGGUCUGUAACCAUGAGCUUGUUGGACUUUGAAAGCAAAAUAAAGCCCCCCCCCCCCCCCCCCCCAACCCUACUUUGUGAAUGCUAAUGUAUGCCCAAUGCUAAUUAACCACAGUGUUAUGAUGUAGUGGCGAAUGUGUAUGAAUGUGAAUUGGAACACAGCCUAUUCUUUUAUGAGUUGCACCAUUACUGAACAGAAUCCGAUAAUAACAGCAGUUUAUUUGUACUAACACACCGUUAAUCAAUUUAUAUUUAUUAUAAAUGAUAACGUUUUUGCACAUGAAUAUAAUCUAAUUUAUUUCCUUUUAUUUAUUGUCAUUUGUUUUUUACAGUUCUGCUCACAUUAUUAGGAACACUGAGUGAACACGUCCUUUACAGAGAACAAACGUUUAUACAUACUGGGGUACUCUGGUAAAAUACACUAGGCCACUACUGCUGAGAUCUGGGGAUCUAAAGCAGCGGUCCCCAACCACCGGGCCACGAACCGGUACCGGUCCAUGGGUCAUUUAAUACAGGGUCGCACAGAAAGAAUAAAUAAUUAGAGAUCGUUACAUCAGCAAUGAAAACACCGCUUUUUCAUGGGUGUUAUUGUCUCCAAUCACCACUAGGUGGGAGCAGCGUCUCGUUGCAGCGAAAAAAACUAAUUUGUGAGUAGUACAGUUAUUCUAUUUUAAAUCCCCCAGCCCCGCUGGUCCGUGAAAUUAAAUCUUAAAUAAAACUGGUCCGGGGUUCCAAAAAGGUUCUAGAGUUCAGAAUCUCAGAGGUGCUACCAGCUGGUCGGGUUGACCAUUGCAUUGACAGACAUGAUUGGCUAAUGUCAGUGGGGUAAGGUGGGUGGCUGAACUAGCCUAGCCAUUAGGAGGCACACAUGUCAGUGCACUCUCAGUGCCAAUAUAGGAGAUAGGAAUAGAAUAGAAAGCUUUUAUUCAUCAUAUAUACAUAUACAGAUAUACAGUACAACUACAUUCUUUCUUUGCAUAUCCCAGCUAGUUUGGAAGCUGGGGUCAGGGCGCAGGGUCAGCCAUUGUUCAGCGCCCUCUGGAGCAGACAGAGUUAAGGGCCUUGCUCAAGGGCCCAAAAGUGGCUGCAUAGCAGAUCUAGGAUUCGAACUCUCAGUUUUUCAGUUGACAGCCCAAAGCACUACCCACUACAUUACCACUGUCCCAAGGGAAGGGAGGGUUGCAUCAGGAAGGGCGUCCGGCGUACAGAAUGUGCCGACUGUGUGGCGACGCCUAAAUACAGGAGCGGCCGAAAUUCAGGACAAUGAAUUUAACAUACUGAAAAAAUGAGAAGGAAACAUGAAGUGCAAAAGUUAUGGCAUGUUUUGUUUUCAUAUUUAAAUGUGAAUAUAUAAAAAUAAAUUGUGUACCAACAAAUAUAUGUAAAAAAAAAUAAUGAUUUACCUUUGUUCUCUGUAGACGUCAUCACUCAUUUUCGCCUAAAAGCAGGACAUUAAAACGAAGUGCACAAACGUUCGCAUAUGAUUGUACAUAUAAACAAAGAAUAUAAUGUAUAAAAUAAACACUUUUAUGAGCUAUUUUAAGUUUUUAUCCCAAAAAUAUAUUGAAUAGGAAUAAGAGAGACUGCAGGAUUGUUGUGAUGUCAUAAUGUGUGUAAGUGCUGGUCUUGGGUGUGAGACUUAUAAAAAAGAGAAAAAGUGCAUGAUCACGAACAACUUGACGUGAUUUAUAUGAAAUACACCAAAGAAUUUGUAUUUAUGAACAAAAUGUUGAGUGUGUUCAGUGUUGCCAACUCCUCAGUAAGGAAAGUAACUAUUGGCUGUCCUAAAAGUCGCUAGAAGUCGCUAAAUGACGUCAUUGCCUAAUUUGCAUAUGAUCCAUUUGCAGUUGACGCUGUAGAAGAGGAAUAACAUCGUGGGAAAGACAAAAAGUGGGUAAAAAAAACACCCUAAAUAUGUUUAGAACUACAAAUGAACUUUCUUCUGUUAAUUCGUGGUUUGUUUUUGUUUUUUAAGAAAAAACUGAGCUACUCUGGGCAGGGUUGCCAGAUUGCGACAGUAAUUUUCAGCCAAAAUGCAUGAAAAAACGCCCAAAACACAGGAUAAGCAGAUGGUGUUUAGCAUUUCACAAAUAAUAAACCAGUUAAACCAUCAUGACCUACAAAUUAAUAUCUUAACAUGUACAGAUCAGUAAUUAUACAUUAUAAAGGACAAUUUGCUUGCAUGUCUUUAAAGUAGCCUGCCAAGUUUGUAAAAUGCAUGAUUUGUUAGGACACACAACCCUUUGCAUGUAAAUAAAAAUAAACUUGCAAGCAAUGAAAGUUUAACCUCUCGUACAUACGAGACUUCAUAUUCAACUCACAUCACUUGUCUAACAUAUGAAUCAGUGUAUUUAUGGGCGUGGCAACAGUGUCUUGGACUGGAAAUAAUAACCUGUCAAUCAAACUUUUGACAACGGGUUGGAUGUGGUGGGAGAAGGUAGACCUGUUUAUAUUCCACCUGCUUUAGCAAUAGCUUUUUUUAUUUAUAUUUUAAGCUGCCAAAAUAAUUACAAACCAGCACAAAUUUUGUCCACCUGCCAAAGUGUGUUUUUCCCUGCCAAUUUCCAACAAAAUCCGCUCAUUUUGGUUGAAACCCGCCCAAUCUGGCAAUACUGACCACCCGUGAGUGCUUUGGGACGGUGGAGGGACUCACGGCAGGACCCGCUGCUCGUUGAGGACAGUAACUGCAGAACAAUAUGUGUUUUCACGUUCGAGUCUCCAAAAGUCUCCAAUAACACCAGAAAAAGUCGCUAGAUUUGUCGCUAGUCGCUUUUUUGAAAAAAAGUCGCUAGAGGGGUCUGAAAAGUCGCUAAAUAUAGCAACAAAGUCGCUAAGUUGGCAACACUGAGUGUGUUCAGGUUUUGACUGAUGGAUGUUUGCAGUGUUGCACUUGCUAAUAAAUAAAACAAAUAAAUUGUA